AUGGAUGCCGAAGUGUGUAAAAGGUUCAAGAAUGUAAGGGAUUGGAUUUCCGAUGAAUCGAAAGAUAAAGAAAACUAUGAAAUUAAAGAUGAUACGUUUUUAAAUAAUUAUUGUGAAAAUAAUCGAUGUCAAACUGAUUUCGAUUUAAUAAGUGCUGGAUGUUUAUAUUUGUUGAAUCAAUUCUAUAGCGAUUCUGGUGUGUUACCCCGUCCUUCAAAAAGUAACCCCUAUAUUGUUGAUUACAUUUUGAUAUGGUUAAGUUAUAUGUUAAACCUGACCAAUAGUAAAGAAAAAGACAAUAUAACGUCUUUUUAUAAUAAUUACAUAAAUAAUUGUAGUAAGUAUAACACGGAAAUAAGUGAAUUAAUGUAUAAUGAUCAUGAUUAUGAUAAUUAUAAGGGUCUUAUAGAUAAAAGAAAGGAAUUUUUGGAUAAGAAUAGUAAUAUUGUAUCUAAAUUUUAUCAAGCACUUAAAUUAUUAUGUAAUUUGUAUAAUGAACUUGAUUAUAGCAAUAAAAAUUGCGAGAAAUAUUUGGAAGAUAAUAGUGAAUUUUUUAAAAAAUAUGAAGAGCUUAAGAAUGAUUAUGAUAUUACUAAUAGCAGUCUAUAUAAAGAAAUGCUGUCUACUUUAUCAACUGAUUAUGAAAAUUUUAAAAAGGAAUGUAAAAAUAUUUUAUUCUUUCUAUCGAAAGAAGCAGAACAAAAAUCUAAACAAACUCUUGCACGUAUUUCUGGACAAGAUGUAGAUAAUUGGGGACAAUAUUCUGAACAAUAUGUAGAUGAUUCUGGACAAGAUGCACAUAAUUCUGAUGUUGCAUCAUCAAGUUCAUCGAUAGUAAGCAAAUUAAUUCCAGUUUUAUUGAUAUUUGGUGCAAUACCAAUUUUUUUAGGAAUUGCUUAUAAGUAUUCGUUAUUUGGAUUUCGGAAACGAUCUAAAAAACAACAUUUAAGAGAAAAGCUAAAAAAGUAA